UGGGCGAUGAUAUUUUAAAUAACAAAAAGUGGCAGUACUUUUGCGCAUCAUGGGACGGUGUGAAAGGCGAGAUGCGGCAUUACGUGAAAGCAAAAAUUGCUGGCACAAAGACGGGGCUUCCUCAGAACCAAGUUCUUUCUUCCAAAGGCCUCUGGGUCAUCACUCAGGAACAAGAUUCGUACGGAGGUGGUUUUAAGAACCAUCAAUCUCUGAUGAAGGCAGUAGCCCAGAUAAACGUCUGGAAUUACGUUUUACCGGCAGAGGCUAUCGAGGGAUUAUCCUACGGUGCAACGAGCAUCGAAGGAAAUUUGCUGCGAUGGAGCGACGCUGUCGCCAAAUAUAAUCCAAAUGCUCUUGUUACAACAAUGCCAUUUCACCUCUACCUGCCAGAUGCUGCUGUUCAGAAGAGACGAGAUGUAUAUUGCGACUCUUUUGACGGCUGCAAUGGUGGCAUUAAAUAUGCUCGUAUUGGAACAAAACCACAGGUCAACGCCCCUGGCUAUGAAUGGCGAUGUUAUUGUCUGGUCUGUUUGACCAAUGAUAAAAACUUCAAUUUUUUCGUAAGCAGUACUGGCUUAUUCUCACGUCAAUCUGGUAUUAUAGCCAUUGUUUAAUCGAAGGACUCAAUGCAUUGCAUUUUCAUUAAUUACAGUAAAUAUUAUACUAUUGACACAGUACGAAUUUUAGAUAUUUAGCUAUUUGCACAUCAGUGCCACAUCCAAAUAUCGGGACAAUUUAGUGGCGCACCUAAUUUGAAAUAUAGUGACACCAAUAAAGUCUGGUCAAAAGUUUGAAAAUAAACACACAAUAAUUUAUGUUUUUUCUUCCGAGAUUCAGAUUUGGAGAGUUUUCUUUCGACGAUGCAUGUCGACAAAGGCUGUUCCUACCAUAGGUCUCUAAGCUGUAGAGCAUAGGCAUGUGAUAUGUUAAAGCAAAUUUACUCAACGAAGCUUUGAAAAACAGUUUAUUCCGAAAGAACUGCUUCUUUAUUUACCCGUUGCUCGUAAUAUUUAAGUAAAACUUUCAUUCAUUGUGUGAAUUUUUAAGC